GUGUCAACAGUCAACUGAGAGAGAAGUAAGAAUUAAAUUUACAUUCCUGAUUCAAUGAUUCUCCAUUUCAAUAUAAAAAUAUAAUGUUCUAAUUUAAAACAUAUCUAAAUUCAAGACAUAACUAAUUAUUAAAUAAUAGUACGAUGUGCUAUAAAUUAUAUUGGGCUAUAGCAUUUUGGUGCUUAUGUCAAAAUAUUUGGUGUGCAGCAAAUUCUUUAGAUGAAGAAAUUGAUCUUGGUCGACAUGUUAUUGAAGGAAGGGUCUUUCCUCCAGACGACGAGAUGACGAACAAUUGGCAAGUGGAUACGAGGAUUCACGUCAAUGGCGGUGAACACAUUGGAUUCAUAAAAAGUGAUGGUACAUUUACUGUGCAGAAUGUACCAUCAGGGUCAUUUGUUGUUGAAGUUCUUAAUCCUGAUUACAUGUAUGAGCCAGUAAGGGUUGAAAUCAAUUCUAAAGGAAAAUUCCGAGCACGCAAAGUUAACUACAUCCAGACUUCUCAGGUUAUCCAAGUGCCUUACCCAUUAAAAAUGAAACCCAUGUACAAGCUUAGAUAUUUCCAAGUUCGUGAACAAUGGCGGGUUACUGACCUAUUAUUCAACCCCAUGGUGGUUAUGAUGGUAUUACCACUCCUAUUGAUUAUGGUUUUACCAAAAAUGAUGAGUGAUCCUGAGACAAAAGAAGAUUUAAAGCAAAUUAGCAAUAUGACUAAAAUGACAGAACUCCCUGAGAUGUCAGAAAUGAUAACUUCGUUAUUUAAUGGUGGUUCAAAAGCAUCAACCUCUAAGACUAAACAAGUCAAGAAGAGACAAUAAAGUACUAUUAAAGUAUUAGUGUGAAUUUUGUUAUAUUGUAUAGGAAUAAUGAUAAAUAAAUUUUGUUGUUGUUCAUUUGAUGUAAUAAUGUAUUUGGAAUAUAACAUGUAUUAAUUUA